AGUCCCAGUCCCCACCACAACCGUAAUCUUGAUUCACUGGUUCAGGAAGCUCGCGCGGACAGAUUCUUGGAGAAUUCACUACACAGGUUUCUUAUUGGGAGCAAGCAAAGUGCAGAGAGUUCUUUAUCAUUCCAACGUACAAAGAAAUGGCUUCUCUGUCUCUUUCUCCUAACCUAGCAAACCUUCCUUCUCUGCUCCAUCCCCAAUCUCCUAUACCCCCUCCAUCUCUGAGCCUUUGCGUUCUAUCGAAAUCCGCCAAAUCGCACUUUUAUCCCCUCAAAUUCCGUCACCCAUCCUCGACCCCUUCUUAUUCUUCAGCACCAAAGAGCUUCAUCUUCGCCGAGGUGACGAAAGGAACAGUGCCACCCGGGUUUACAUUGAAAGAUCAGGAGGGAAGGAAUGUGAGCCUUUCGAAAUUCAAAGGCAAGCCUGUGGUGGUUUAUUUCUAUCCUGCAGACGAGACCCCAGGCUGCACCAAACAGGCGUGUGCUUUCAGGGAUUCAUAUGAGAAAUUCAAGAAAGCAGGAGCUGAAGUUGUUGGGAUUAGCAAUAAUGAUACUACAUCACACAAGAACUUUGCUAAGAAAUAUAGGCUCCCAUUUACAUUGCUAAGCGAUGAAGGGGACAGGGUAAGGAAAGAGUGGGGAGUCCCUGGAGAUUUUUUUGGUGCAUUGCCAGGAAGACAGACAUACGUGCUUGACAAAAAUGGAGUUGUUCAACUCAUCUAUAACAACCAGUUUCAGCCGGAGAAGCAUGUUGAUGAAACACUAAAGCUACUUCAAAGUCUUUAAUCUGCAGGCUGUAUGUUGAUAUGUAAUUUUUGAACUUUAUGUGCCCACCGCGCUGUUAAGGAUUAAUCCGACUAACAUCAAUGAAUAGAUUGCUCUUCAAGUGCAACGUCCAUUUCGUAUUAUUAAUAAUAACACUUGGUUUAAACACUUUUGCACA